AAGAAAGUUCACAGAGGCCUCUACUUCUCAUGCUUCUCCUAAACGAAGCAAAGUGUCCAGAGAGUCACCUCCACCACAACACUUGAUCAAGUAUCAAGAUAUGCGAUUGAAUCAUAGGAAGAAGUUCUAUAUUAAUGAUGACUGUGGGAGUCAAAAUAAGUAUAUUGAAAUACUAAACUGGUUGAGGACAAUGGGAUCCCUCAAUGGAAGUGUUUUUGAAGGUAUUGCGAAUCUGAAUUGGUGUGAAGGAUUCCCUCUGGUAGAGAUUGAAGUUUUAACCCCCAAGGGCAUUUCAACCAAAUUUAUAAUUGCCAAGAAUAGUUUGUAUUUGAUUGCAUUUUGUGCUGAUGAUCAGUGAUUCCAAUUUGCCAAAUUUGGGUUUCAGAUUGACACUUGCAUUGUCCUCAAAGACCAUAAAGGGGAUUAUACCGGAGAGCCCUGGAAGCAUCUCGGGCCUAAGCCGAUGAUAGAAGCAAUAGAUUUCCUUGCUACGUAUGUUCCAGACGUUAAUGGGGAUAUGUCUUUUUUCAUUUGUGCAUGUGAAGUGUUCUU